UACUUUUUUAUUGUUCUCAUUGAAAAGCCUCCAAUUAUAUUUUUGGUAAAAGUGAUUAACAAAAGGCAAUUAAAUUUAAUUAGUUAAUUAACCUUUUUUGUUUUGUUUUAUUGUGAUUCAACUAUGGACAAAGCAAGUGAUUAUAUUAUUAGACUAUAUUCAUCUGGUUUGUGAGUUAAACAUAAAACAGGAGACCAACAACAACAACAGAAAACCAACCAAAAAAAAAGUGAAAAGAUUAUUGCUUUUUUGUCUGGCUUGAUGAUAUAUUUGCUUACUCACAAAUUAUCAGAAAGAAAAAAAAAGAAAAAAAAGAAGAAUCAAAUUUAAUAGCUUUUUAAUAUGCCUAAAAUAAGGAGUAAAGUGUGGGAACAUUUUCAAAAGGACGAGAAACACGGUAAAGCCUAUUGUCGAUAUUGUUCAUCCACUCUGGUUAUCAAUAAUCCAUCCAAUUUGAAUAAACAUUUAAGAUCGAAACAUCCGGUGAUUUAUGCUGCGAAAAAGGCUGCAGUUGAUUUGGGUGAACCAGCACAAGUUGUAACUAUCGCACAACCAGGAAUAGCAUCUAUCAAGGGUUCAUCUGUUUCUUCAACGCCACAAAAAUCACCAGAGUCCAGAAAAACUGGAAACAGCCAAGAAAAUAUCGUCCGAUCUAUACUGAAAUUUAUUGCUAAAGACAAUGUUCAUGUUAAUAUUGUUAAUGGUGAAGGAUUUAGUGAUUUGAUUAAAGAUUUGGUCCCAUGUUAUUCACCGAUAACCAGUAAAUUAGCUCGUAACAAAUUGGAUCAUCAUUAUGACAUAUUAUUUCACAAGAAAAAGACUGAGCUUGCUAAAGUUGAGCAUAUUAGUUUAACGGCUGACAAUUGGGUUGAACCUAAUACUUCAACUAAUUAUCUAAAUGUAACUGCUCAUUAUAUUGGUAACGAUGGAAGAACAAAAUCCGUUUUAAUAUCUUGUAGACCCUUCAACGAAAAUCAAACCGCUCAAAAUAUCAAAUCAAAUUUUGAAGAAAUUUUAGGAGAAUGGAAUAUACCUGCUUUUAAGAUCGUCUGCCUGGUAACCGAUGGUGAAGCCAAUCUACUGGAAAGUGGACAAAUUUGGCCAGGUAAAGGUCGAAAUUUUGUUUGCUUUGCACAUAGACUAAACCUCGCUGUUCGAGCUGCUCUCGAAGCUACAACCGAUGUCAUAGCAGUUUUAGAAAAAGUAAAGGGUAUUGUCGAUGUUUUGAUCCGAGAACAAGCCGCUUCCGAUGAAUUGGCUCGAGUAUUUGAACAUGAAGGAAAAAAUUACGUCAAAUUGGUACAAUGUGUUGACACUCGGUUUACAUCAAUUUACAAAAUGGUUGAAAGAUUCAUAGCAUGUUAUGAUUUUGUUUCACUUGCUUUAACCCAAUCUUAUGGAGGAGGAAUGGUUACAAGUCAAGAGAAAGAUAUUCUUAUGGAUAUUUUAGCCGUUCUAAAACCGUUACAACUCGUUGCCGAUGAACUUUGCGGGGAAAAAUAUCCAACCCUAAGUAAAGUGAUUCCUAUUACUCUCUGUUUGAAAAGGGCAUUGGAAAAUGUUUCACCCAUAACUGACAGUGGCCUAUUAUUAAAACAAGCCUGUUUCGAGACAAUCCAAGCAAAAAUUGGUGACCCAGAAUUUGCAACAAUCGCCGCAGUUUCAACAAUCUUAGAUCCACGAUUUAAGAAUAUCGAUUUUCAACAUCCAACUGCUUGUUCAAAUGCUCUACGUAUUGUAAAUGAUUACCUCAACACCCGAUCAACUACUACCGAGGUUCGUGUUGAACAGCCAGCAACCCAUUUGUUAUGGUCUCAUCAUGACAAAUUAGCAUCCAACAUCUCAAUUGACCAAUCUUGCAACAACUCUUUACAUCCAUCUUUAAAAACAUACUUAGAAUCACCAAUUUCCCACCGUUUCUCUGAUCCAGUUGCAAUUUGGCAUGAGAUUGGUUUUGACAAGCAUCUAAAAAAUUAUGCUCUUAAACAUUUAAGUGUUCCUGCUACAAGCGUUUCUCCCGAGAUAUUAUUCACCAAACAUGGAGAUCUUGUUGAUUACCGUCGAAGCCAGAUUAAGCCAAAAAGAUUACAAAAAUUGUUAUUCCUCAACAGUUUAUCACUUGAUGAAUUAAGAGGAGUUUGAAUUAACUAAGAAAAAAAAUGAUCAUCUUGUUUUUACCAUCAGUAGAUUCUCAAAUUAUACUUUUUUGUCACCCUCAUAACCUCAUAACGAACAUUUAUUUAAAUUAAUAAAUUUGUACCUAAACCAUA